AUGACGUCCCUGUCAUCUUCUCUCUACACAGCCGCCUCGUUUCUUUACAUCGCCAUCAUCCCGAAACAUGUCAAAGUUGGGCUCACUCUGAUUCCGCAAACGAUGAAGGCGGUGCCAUCUACGGAGCAAUUCGCUCUGGCAAAAGCUAUUAUUCCCGCCACCUGGCACUUUGUCAACGGCUAUUUGGUCACACUUGCGCUCUUGAACUACAAGUGGGCCAAAUCUGGAGGUCCUACGACUACAAUGGAGAAGUGGAUCGUAGGCGUUAAUGCCAUUGCCGGGGUCUUAGUCGGUGUCCAGUAUCUCAAGGCUCGCCUCAACGUUGCUCUGUCGGUGCUAUGGUUAGCGCCUGGUCUCAGCAUUGCCGCCGGACUUCUCCAAUCCCGUUGAGAAUGUCCUCUUGUUGCUCCCGAACCAAUCAGUAGCGAUGGCCAAAGAUAGGAUUGCUGGUAGAUGGUAGAUUUAGUCUGUCACGCGGAAUCAUUAGGGUAGGCAGCAUCGUCCGUAAAAAGCCAUGCGAUUUUUGAA